UGACAGCCUUGAAGUGUUUUUGUUUAUGUUUCUGGCAGGCAGGAAAAGAUGAGGACUUCUCUGGACCUGUACAGCCUGAAGCACAGGAUUUUCCUGGUGAAACAGUUCUAUCAGGAGUUGGGUGACUAUGCGUGCGUGAAGAAUAACUACGAGGACUACUAUGGGGGCUGCAGCGACAGCCCGAAUUUCUCCAAAGCCGUUCUCGUGGAGGUUAUCAGGCUAUUCGAGGAGACUGGGAGUGUCCUGAAGUGUCCCAGCGUGUAUUCUGGGGAGAGAACCAAGUUCGAGAGUUCUCCCUUGGAGAUUGAGCUGGUGUGCGUGAAGACAGAGCUGGAAGCGCCUGACAUUCCGGAGGACAAACAGGAUGGCAUUAAUGUGAAGUCUGAGGCGGAGGAGGAGUACUUUGAUGACUUCCCGGCGCUGCCCCAUGACGCCGAUGACUCCCCAGUCGCCUCACCGAAGGAGUUGUGCGAAGUUGUAGACGAUGAGCCGAUGGCGGAGUUCUUGGGCAACGUCGAGACGAAGCUGGAGGACGACGAGAGCAAACCCGCAACUGAGGAGCCCGUAGUCACCCAGAGUCUGUUCGUGGCAUGCGUGAUCUGCGACCACAAGUGUCUGAGGCGGGAGCUGAUAAAGCACAUGCGGAGUCACGAGAAGAAGCGCCGACACACAGCCAAGAAGCUCAUCUGUGAGUUCUGCGGCAAGUUCUUCGCCAACUUCUCACGCCUGGAUCAGCACCAGACCUGCCAUAUGGACACAAAGCGCUACAAGUGCCAGUACGGCGGCUGCGACGAGUCCUUCAAGUGGCUAUCAUCGUAUCAACGGCACAAAGAGACGCACGCGGACAAGAAGAAGGAGAACCUCAAGUUCAAGUGCGACAUCUGCAUGAAGUCAUUCCUGUACCUCAGCAAUCUGCGGAGGCACAUCGCCAAUUCCCACGACACGGGCGACAAGUACACCUGCGAGUUCUGCUCCAAGGAGUUCCGCAAGAAGCAGAAGCUGCUGGCGCACAUGAAGAGCCACGACGGCGGAGUGCCGCUGGCCGAGAGCGGCAAGAAGCGCCCCAAGGAGUUCAAGCAGUGCGAGGAGUGCGGCAAGAUGUGCUCCACAUCCACCUAUGACAAGCACAUGAUGACGCACAGCGGCGAGCGGCCGCUCAAGUGUGAGAUCUGUGGCAAGGGCUUCAUCUGGAAUUGUGGCUACAAGACGCACAUGCUGAAGCACAAGGGCGUUGUGGUGAAGAAGAAUUGGCCAAUGUGCGAGAUCUGCGGCCGCAAGAUGGCCGGCGAGCGCACGCUCAGGCUGCACAUGAAGAAGAUCCACGAGCGCCCCGAGCAGGAGUUCAAGUGUCUCGUGUCCGGCUGCGGUCGAUCGUAUCCCAAUGAGAAGUUCCUGCGUCGCCACAUGGACAGGCACAAUGGGAAGAGGCAUCAGUGUCCGCUGUGCAGUGCGGACUACAAGGACAAGUCGCAAUUGAAGAUUCACGUGGACAAGGUGCACUCGAAGAACGAGCCGCCGCUGAAGUGCGAACGCUGCGGAAAGUGCUCGUGGAGCAUCAAGGAUCACAGAGUGCACAUGAGGAAUCGCCACAAAAUUGAGAUUCCCUACUUGCGCAAGAAGCCACAGCAGAUGAAUCAGCUUUCUUAGAAUGAGUUUCCUGUG